AUGAAGACCAGUAUCCGUUUUAUGCGAGACGGCGCAUGUGGGGUAGGAGGUCCAGGGGAUAAGGACGACUACGAGCGCGCUUUUUUUAAGUCGAUGUCAGUUUUAUAUUGCUUGAGAAGUAGAGAAGGUGAAAGCAGAGUAAACCAUAUUAAUCCAGUCCAAUUCAAUCAAGAAGAAAGCAAAAUUAGCCCAGCAAACAAAUCCACUAAUAUUCCCCUCCCUAGUAAUCUCAUCCUCAUGGGUAACUUUGGCGCUAUCCUAGACUGCUCCAAAUCCGCCUACUCCAUCAAUGUGUAUACCGUCUCGAUUCCAGCUAAUAUCAUGCCGUCUGAGAGAUUCAGCGGCGGUAUCGAACACUAUUCGUACACGGUAUAUUGGGAAUCUACAGAAUUGACUUUGCUCCAAGCCGCUAGCAGCAGUGGGGCGCCGAAAACGAGUUUGCCGUUGGCGGUUUCGGAAACGGCUGUUGCGGGCAUUGGCGCUGGGGCGAGCGUGGCAUCUAGUCCCUCGAGAGCUCUGAGACUAGAGCGUUUGAGAGCAAAUGUUCAUAUUGGUGUGGGCGUGGGUGUUGGGGUUGGGGUUCUUGUGUUGCUUGUCUGCUUUCGUGGAUUUUGGGACUGGGGAAGGAAACAACAACAAAUCAAGUAUUUGGACUCGAAGGCUAGCAUGAAGGAGAUGAAGGUGUUUGACAUGGGUAGAGGUGAGGUGGAUUUUCCAAUGGAGUUGUCUAUUGAGAUCACUCUUCCUGAGCUCCUUGCAGGUAUGCCAGUCAAUGGUUCAUCAGGGGUUAAGGAGGAUAGAAAGUUUAACAGGAAGAAGUACAAUCUCCAAGUGAAUAUUGAAGAGGGAGUAAGAGAUAAUCUCAAGAGAGAUAAGCAAAGAUUUCCCUCACACAAAUGCGAAAAUAGAAGGCUAGGAGGCUUUAUUUCCGCCGCAGAGAUAGAUAUACUCGAGAACCUAGAGCCUCUUAUUAUAGAUUUAGGGAGGGGUGGUAAGAAGCAAGACAGAUUGUGUCGUGGGAAAGGGUCGUGUUUUCUAAAGAAAAUACAGCUAUGGGGAAAUGUCGAUGAUGAUAUUCGGGCGCCUGGUUGA